AUGCGUACGGCUGAACGUCAUGUACCUGGUGUCAGCAUGGGAGAAUCAAGUCGGAGGAAGUGCAUAUCUCUGGGGGAAUUCGAACAAGCGAUUGAUCGGUUGGUGCUGGUGAAGAAUGAUGGCACAAAACUGCAGGAGACGGAUGUUAUGGAAUACGUUACCCACCUCGAGGAUUCUAUGGGCUUCGGUUGCAAUACAUCAGAUGGAGUCAGUGCACAUAUCUCAAAGGCCAGCAUUGCGUUUGCCAAUCUGCUCAAAUCGUAUCACCAAUGCGCAUGUCACUGGUCCCAAAAGGCACGUGUAUAG